CACAGAAGCUCAGAGUAUUAUGCUUCAUGAAGUGCGACUGAUAACACUGCCGUACUAACUGAAUGGUUAAGAUGAAAUUAUUCACCCUCAUACUGGGCGUGGCGUUAGGGGUAGCAAAUUCUGCACCCAACCAAUCAGGAGAGACCAACGACAACGGGCCAAUAGGAUCGCAAGAAAAUAAUGUGGGAACGAGACGAGUAGAAGUUCCCGAAGUGGUUUUACAAUUGAAAUAUGAUAGGGGAGAACUGAAUAGGAUAUAUUUGACGCAGUUUCGCAAGGAUUUGCAGCCUUGGGUUCCGUCAGUGAUGGCUAGGAACAACUUGUGUGCGGACCUGUGCCACGCAGGACUGGGUGGCGACGCGUGCGGCUUCACAGCAUGCUCCCAGCUGACCCCAGUGGGGCUGGAGACGGCCCUCCAAGAAGCCAACGCGACGGAGGCGGAGUACGGACAGCCACGCUUCAAUGUAUGCCCUGCACUUUGUCGGAACCAACUCGGUGAACCGCUUUGUAACUGCACCACGGUUGAAGGCACGCAUGCUGUGGAUUGGACCGACGUGUGCGCAGCUUUCUGCUACGAUGGAUAUGCUUUGAGCGGCUGCCCCUCAUGUGAGACCACGACCACAGAGGCUUCAAUUCACUUCCAUUCUUCCCGGGUCCUCAACACCUACGAAGGUUGGUCAGCAUGGUGCAACGUGCAAUGCAGGCAAGGUCAGGGUGGGGCUGCCUGCAACUGCGACCGAGCCCCAUUCCAGUAACCUACAUUACCCUUCUUAACAACUGUUACCCUUGUCACUAAAUCGCUUUAAAAGCAGCUAUGUUACUUUGCGUUUAGGGUAUAGGGUAAAUUGCGUUAAUCAUUGUUUUUACCCUUCAUAUUUUUGGGAUUUUUUGAUGGUUUAUGAUACAGUAGUAUCAAUGCGAUUUUUUUUUGUUUUUAUUAGAGUAGUAUUUGUGUGUAUAACACAUUGUUUGCCCGCACCGUCGCACAAAGUAUAGAAAUGUGCUUACCGCAUGUCUUAGGUUUUAAUUGUCGACAAUUUGGAUAAGUUAAUCUACCUAGUAUGUAAAUGCACAUAUAUUUCGCAAAAGUGUUAGUAUUUAUAUCAAUAUACUACUCACAUUAUUAACCAUUUAAUCAAUUAAAGUUAAAUUGAAAAAGUACAUGGCUUGUUAUGAAACCUAUUUAAAAAUUAAAAUGUAAAUCUAGCCAGUAGGGAUUUUUAUUGUUUUUAAUUCUUAAAUUCAUUUAAAUCUAAGUACUGUUUAAUCGAUAUAUUUUAAGAUAUAUUUAAUCAUUAUAAAAUAAUUGUAUGUAAUUAUAAAAAUAAGAAAGAAAAAUCUGCGCGAAAGACAAUAUUAAAACUAAAAUCUUAAAUGUAACAUACCAUUUAAUGUGAUUUACGGUUCAUUUAUUAAAGUUUAUUUUUCAUUUA